CACAAUCAGAGGCAAUGAUUGGGCAGAGAGCUCCCUCUGGUGGAGAAGAGUGGAAAAACAGUCUGCUGGACCCAAAAUGGCGGAUGGAGGCAGACAGCAGCGCGAGGAGAAGCUUUAAUCCACCGAACCGAACCGGAGCGGAGCGGGUUCUAAAGGAAGCGGCCAUGUUGUGACGGGAGGAAGAGGAGAUGGCAGCGGAGCUUUUCUCCACCAGCCUUCCACACGGCGGGGAGGAGGAAGAGGAGGAGACCAAGAAAAACUUCAUCCAGCUGAGCGAGCCGGAGGAGUCCGAGCGCAACGAGGAGCGGAGCGCCGCUCGCACAAACGACCAGGGAGAAAACCAGGAGGAUGGAGCGGAGAGACGCAGCUGGCAGGGAGCCCACCCCACCCUGAGGGAGAGGAACGCUCUGAUGUUCAACAACGAGCACAUGGCUGACAUUCACUUCAUCGUGGGUCCGCCAGGAGAGACGCAGACAGUCCCGGCUCAUAAGUACGUCCUGGCGGUCGGCAGCUCCGUGUUCGGAGCCAUGUUCUAUGGAGACCUGGCUGAGGGACAAUCUGAGAUCCACAUCCCCGACGUGGAACCAGCUGCUUUCCUCACCUUGUUAAAGUACAUGUACAGCGACGAGGUGGAGCUGGACGCCGACACGGUGCUGGCCACCCUCUACGCUGCCAAGAAGUACAUCGUUCCAGCCGUGGCGAAGGCGUGCGUCGGCUUCCUGGAGACGAGCCUGGAGGCGAAGAACGCCUGCGUGCUGCUGUCCCAGAGCCGGCUGUUUGAGGAGGCGGAGCUUACGCAGCGCUGCUGGGAGGUGAUCGACGCUCAGGCGGAACUGGCGCUGCGGUCGGAAGGGUUCUGCGAGAUCGACCGGCCCACGCUGGAGAUAGUUUUGCAGAGGGAGACCCUCAACAUCCGUGAGAACGCGGUUUUCCAGGCGGCGCUGAGCUGGGCGGCGGCGGAGUGUCGGCGGCAGGGCCUGGCGGCGACCCCUCGGAACCAGCGGACUGUUCUUGGGAAGGCUCUGUACCUGAUCCGGAUCCCCUCCAUGUCUCUGCAGGAGUUUGCAGACGGACCGGCCCAAUCGGACGUGCUGACGCUGACAGAGACCCACAAUAUCUUCCUGUGGUACACGGCCGCCAACAAACCGCAACUGGACUUCCCUGUGGGCAAACGGGUCGGCCUGGCGGCGCAGAGGUGCCACCGCUUCCAGGCCUCCGCCUACCGCAGCAACCAGUGGCGCUACAGGGGGCGCUGCGACAGCAUCCAGUUCGCAGUGGACCGCAGGAUCUUCAUGGCGGGGCUGGGCCUGUACGGAUCGAGCGGCGGGAAGGCCGAGUACAGCGUGAGGAUCGAGCUAAAGAGGCAGGGGACCCUGCUGGCCCAGAACCUCACCAAGUUUCUGUCCGACGGAUCCAGCAGCACCUUCCCCGUCUGGUUUGAACAUCCGGUCCAGGUGGAGCAGGACACCUUCUACACGGUCAGCGCCGUCCUGGACGGGAACGAGCUCAGCUACUUUGGACAGGAGGGAAUGACGGAGGUGCAAUGUGGGAAGGUGACCUUCCAGUUUCAGUGCUCCUCAGACAGUACCAACGGCACCGGAGUGCAGGGGGGGCAGAUCCCAGAACUGAUCUUUUACUGCUGAAGGCCUGGAAGUCUGGCUCUGAUGCGUCUGAUGAUGAUAGAUGGUGGUUAUAGUUCUAAUAGACUUCGUGCUUCUGAGAGGUUUCAAUCAAUAAAUUUUGCUGACUUUAAAUAAA